AUGAGCGACGCAGUGCGACAUACAGAGGUCGCACGGGACGAAGCCGCUGCUGAGGCUGGACCUGGAGCGGCCACAACGAAUGCGCCGCCUACUAAUCAACUUACAGACGACAUUGAACACAACAGCACAUCUUCAGACUCGACACCGUUGGAAGAGCGGUCAAAGGGCAAGAUCGCUUUGAUCAUGACUGCCCUGGGCAUGGCCGUCUUCCUGGCUGCCCUUGAUGUCACCAUCAUUACGACUGCCCUGCCCACCAUCUCGGAAUAUUUCCACUCAUCUGCCGGCUAUACUUGGAUUGGUUCAGCAUAUCUGCUAGGAAACGCUUCGAGUGUACCUCUAUGGGGCAAGAUUUCUGAUAUCUUUGGACGAAAGCCUAUCCUGAUUUGCGCAAACGUCCUCUUCCUUAUUGGGUCUCUUAUUGCUGCUCUUGCAAACAGCAUUGGAAUGCUCAUUACUGCCCGUGCCAUUCAAGGUGUCGGUGGUGGCGGUCUGGUUACCCUUGUCAACAUCUGCAUCAGCGACCUGUUCAGUUUGAGAAGAAGAGGCGCCUACUUUGGUAUCAUUGGAGGUGUCUGGGCAUUGGCUUCGGCCAUUGGACCAGUCAUUGGUGGUGUUUUCACAGAAAAGGUUACUUGGAGAUGGUGUUUCUACAUCAACUUGCCUCUCGAUGGAGCCGCUCUUAUCAUCAUUUUCUUCUUCCUUGACUUGAAGACCCCCAAAACCCCUCUUUGGGAAGGUCUGAAAGCAAUCGACUGGAGUGGAGCCCUGCUCGUCAUUGGUGGUGUUCUCCUUUUCUUGUUCGGUCUAGAGUAUGGCGGUGUGACCUAUCCUUGGGACUCUGCAACUGUUCUUUGCCUCAUUAUCAUUGGUGUCUUCACUAUGGGACUGUUUGUCAUCAACGAGUGGAAAUUUGCCAAGUCUCCCGUCAUGCCUCUCCGCAUAUUCCAAAACAGAAGCAACAUUGCCGUCCUUGGUGUGUGCGCCAUUCACGGCAUGGUCUUCAUCUCGGCCUCAUACUACUUGCCUUUAUACUUCCAGGCUGCUCGUGGCGCCACUCCCCUUCUGUCAGGUGUCUACAUUCUUCCACAGGCUCUGUCUUUGUCCUUUGCUUCAAUGGCGACUGGUAUUUUCAUCCGCAAGACGGGUCAAUAUUUACCUGCCAUCUGGUUCGGAAUGACCUUCCUCGUCCUGGGCUUUGGACUGUUCAUCGACUUCACAGCUAACAGCAGUUGGGCGAAAUUGAUUAUCUUCCAGAUCAUCGCAGGAAUUGGCAUAGGUCCCAACUUCCAAGCACCCUUGAUUGCGCUCCAAACAGGCGUCCAGCCUAGAGACAUCGCCACAGCGACAGCAACCUUCGGCUUCGUCCGCCAAAUCUUCACAUCCAUCUCCGUCGUGAUCGGCCAAACUGUAUACCAGAACCAGAUGAACAGCAAGACAGCGAGCUUGGUGGCGGCCCUUGGCCCCAAAGUCGCAGACCAAUUGACAGGAGGAGGUGCUGGUGCCAACACUCAACUCAUCGACAGCCUUCCCCAUGGACAAAAGCAGGUCGCCCAAACCGCUUUCGCACAGAGCUUGCAUCCCAUGUGGAUCAUGUACACUUGUUUCGCGGCGCUCGGUCUGGUUGUGAGUUUGUUCAUCAAGAAGAAGGAGCUCAGCAAAAAGCAUACCGAGACCAAGACUGGACUUGACGCACAGCGAGCCAAUGCCGAGGCGCAGGCGCAAGAGGAUGCGGAAAAGAAGUACGCAAAGGAGGCUGCAAGAGAGAGAAGAUCGCAUGAUCCUGAGCAGGGUGAAGCAUGA